AUGAAAAAAAAAUAUAAUUAAGUUAGAUAACAUUCAUUUUAGAUUCCAAAGAUUACAUCAUUAUAACCUUUAUUUACUACUUAUAAUGAUAAUCAUACUGAACCUACAACUCCAAUAAAAAUUGAUUUAAAAUCAAAAUAAGAAUAAAUGAAGUUAGAAUUAGAUUAAAAAAAUAAAUAUUUAGAAUAAAUUAUAAGUCUCAAAUAAGAACGUUAUCAUCAUAAUCGAAAAGAAUUACUGUAUCAUAAAUUAUAAAAUAUAGAGUAAUAAUUACAUAAAUGGAAUCAGACUCGUAAAAACAUUGAAUUGUAAACUGAUUUACCUAAUUCUAGCAUAAAAAAGGCAAAACAAUAAUAUUUGUGUGAGUAUUACAAUUCACAACUAUCCUCAAAGCCUAUUUAAACUAGAUAAACUUAAUAUAAGAAUACUAGUUUUAAUGAUUUUCAAUAAACAAAAACCUAUGUCAGAAAUGCUUAAUCUUAACCAAGAAAACAAUCCUUUUUCAAUAUCCAAUAUCAAAAGAAAAUUAACGAAGUAAUUACAUUAUGCUAUCUUUUUUAGAUUGAAAAAAGAGUACAUGUCAUGUAAAGAAAACUCAAAUUAGGUAACUUGGAUUCACAAAUAUCCAAUUCCUUUUAAAUACUUAUUUAAGAUUAUUCCUAAUGA